AAACACCAAAAAUUAUAACUCAAAACGAAUCUUCACUAAUCAAAUUAUUCAAAGCAGGAAAAAUAAUGGCUCAAGCAGUGACUUCGAUGGCUGGCUUACGUGGCGCAUCUCAGGCCGUCCUUGAAGGAAGUCUACAGAUCAAUGGCUCAAACCGUUUGAAUAUCUCAAGAGUCACGGUUGGGUCUCAGAGAACCGGACUUGUGAUCAGGGCUCAGCAGAACGAGUCAGUACCAGAAAGUAGUCGCAGAUCAGUGAUCGGGCUCGUGGCGGCUGGUUUAGCCGGUGGUUCAUUCGUUAAAGCUGUUUUCGCCGAAGCUAUUCCGAUCAAAGUUGGUGGUCCUCCACCUCCUUCCGGUGGCCUACCUGGAACAGAUAACUCAGACCAAGCAAGAGAUUUUUCAUUGGCAUUGAAAGACAGAUUUUACAUACAACCAUUGUCACCAACAGAAGCUGUAGCUAGAGCCAAAGAAUCUGCUAAAGAGAUCAUUAACGUUAAGUCACUGAUCGACAAAAAAGCUUGGCCUUACGUUCAGAACGAUCUCCGUUUAAGAGCAUCGUACCUACGUUACGAUCUUAACACCGUUAUCUCCGCUAAGCCUAAGGAAGAGAAAAAGAACCUUAAAGAACUUACCGGCAAGCUCUUCGAAACCAUCGACAACUUGGACUAUGCGGCGAGGUCUAAGAGCAGCCCUGAUGCUGAGAAGUAUUACUCAGAAACUGUCUCGAGUUUGAACAAUGUUCUUGCCAAGCUUGGUUAAUGAAGAAAGAUUUGCUUUGUAA